ACGAGUCGAGUCGCCAUUCAUUUAUUAAAAAUACGAUACUGAAACUACAAGAUAGUUUUCUAUUUUGGAAUAUUAUUUUUUCAAAUUUCCUUAAAUUUAAUUCUGUAAAACAUUUUACAAUGUGUCCAUGAAAAGAAUAAUCUAAUUAUUUUAUCCAAAAUGAGAGAUCUUAAAGCUUGUAGGUGCUGUUUAAUUACAAAUGUUAAAUUGGAGAAGAUCACUGAUAUUCAAAACAGGAUUUACACGGCUGUUAGCGGUUUGGAGAUACAUCCACAGGAUGGGUACCCAAACUACUUGUGUGCGGAAUGCCAGACCGAGAUAAAGAAGGCCAUGCAUUUCAGGAGGAAAGUGAGGAGAGCACAUUUUGUCAUGAAGGAAAUCAUGAUGGUGAAGAAAGAGCUAAAUCUAUCAGAUAUAAGAAAAGUGGACAGAAGGAAGACAAAUUUAAAAUCCAAUUUGGGCAGAAGUGUGGUAGAUAAACACUUUUAUUAUACUAUAAACAGCGAAGACGAGAAUGUAAUGAACCAAGAAGAUUUAGACUUAAACACUAAUACAUUUAAGUUUGAAAUUAAAUCGGAAAGUAUCGAUGAAGACUCCAUGAUGAUUGGUAUUGAUGCAGAAGUAGACUACGAGGAAAUGAUAGAUAAUAUAGAAGUGACAGAAGUGGAAGAGGAAAUUGUAAAUGGACAGGAGAGUUCGGGUAAUAUAGAUACAGCAGAUGUCUUCAAGGAACUCAACAAGGAUAAAUUGGAGAACAGCGGAGAAGAAGAAUUGCCAACGAUAGAGGAUACACAACACAACGACAGGAAUGUUUUCAAAACGCCAAAAGAGGGCGCUAGUCUGUUGAGUCGUUACAACGUUCGAAUUAUGAGUUUGGAGGAGCAGAAGAAUAUCUUUAACACAAGAUUAAAUACGGAGCCUUUCAAAUCGUCCAAAUACAAGUGUCGAUUGUGCAUUAAAAUAUUUAGGACACUGGAAGAGCUCCUGUCGCAUGUCAAUACUCAUCCGAAGGGGAUGCGCUACAAGCAUACGUGCGAGGUGUGCAAGUCGCAGUUCAGCACAGCGGCCGAGCUGGACGCCCACCGCACCUGGACGCAUCUCUACGAGUAUUCGUGCAUCAAGUGCAACAAGAAGUUUUACUUUUCAAACCAUGCGGAGAAACACAGGCGUAAACACAAACCCACCACUCGUUAUAGGAAAAAAACUAAGAAUGUUGAAGAUUUGGCGAACCACUACACUAUAGUGCCUCUCGACCCAGACACCAUGUAUAAGAUGGCGACACCGCCGGAUGAAGACACUGUAAUACGGAUGCGAAGAAAAAUUGAACGCGCAUGCGAAAGGAUAAGGAGGACCUGGAAAGGACGCGGGAGAAAACCUUUGAUACGUAAGCUGAAGUGUGACAUAUGCGACGAGACGUUCCUGAGGCGGUUGGCUCUAAUUCUGCACAUGGAGAUGGCGCAUUUGUUUAAAUACGAAUGUAACCACUGUGACUCUGUACAGUAUAGCAGGAAGUGCGCCAGGAAACACUUGGCGGUACACGUGGAAGAGAAAGAAGAGCCACCAAAGAAUAUAUACAUAUCGUGUCAGUACUGCAGCAGGAAAGUGCGUAAAUCGACCAUAUCGUUCCACAUCAAGAGAUACCACUUUGCAAUACACCACAACCUGUCCUGCGCCGGCUGCGGGCUCACCUUCACUAAUCUAUACAGUCUGUAUCACCAUCAGUUGACAGUGCAUAGACAAUAUGUCCCAAUGAAGAAAGCUGCGGAUAGCGAAUUUGGUUGCACGCAUUGUGAUUUUGGAUUCCUAACCAAGGAGGCGCUGCAACUGCACCAAGUGAGGAGCGAGCACGAGGAGGCGAAGGAUGUACCAAAUGCAUGCAUUCAAUGUAGAAUGAUAUAUGGGAGCGAAACAGAGUACAAUGAUCACAUACCGACGUGUAAUGGUACACUACAGUUCCCCGGGGAAUGUCCGCAUUGCGGCGACAUGAUAAACAACUAUUCUCAAUUCACGUAUCACUGCAACAGGAAGCACCCGUCGUUCAGCGGCGCGCGACGUGCCGGCAGACUAUGCGACAUAUGCGGCAAUAGUUACACGCGCACCGGCUGGCAUAGUCACAGACGGAAGCACCACGGCCCCGGCAAGCGGUGCAGCCACUGCGACGUCAAGCUGGACACGCUGCAAGCGAUCUUCGUCCACCAGGUGGCGCGGCACACGCGCAAACCCUUCCACUGCACUCUGUGUCCGGCUAGGUUCCAGCUGAGGGCCGAUUGUAGGGAUCACAUUUUGAAGGGCCACGCACCAGAGAUGCCGUUCAAAUGCGAGAUAUGCGACAGGGACUUCGCUCACGUGGACUUUUUGGUUGAGCACAUAAACAAGUUUCACGAUAUAAAAAAAAGUGAACUGAAACAUUUGCGGCCCAAAAAGGUGGAGGGCCUAGUAUAUAUAUAUCCAUACAUGAAGGUGAACGUCAGUAAAGUGGACGACCACGUGAUCAAAGGUACGAGAGUAUAUAUGUACGACUUCCAUAACCGUAAAGUGAAAAGAUUAAAAAAUCCCGAGGAAUAUUUCAUAACUAACUAUGUCGACGAUGGGAAAGAUUCAGACGGUGAUGAGAAAGCGGUGAAGAAACAUAAAAGGCAGAGAGUGAGAUUCAAUGAUAACGGAGAGUUGUUGUAUGAAGACACAGAAGAUGAGAAACCUAAGCGGAAACGUAGAAGGAUUAAGAAAGAGGGCGACGAUGUUGAUGUGUCGAACGGUGAAGGCAGGAGUGUUGUUAAAAGAAGGAGAAAGAAGAAAGACAAUGUAAUGGUUGACAGUGAUAUUGUAAUGAGAGAUGAUGUGUUCGAUGAUGAUUUAAAAGGUGAAGUGAUAUAUUUCGAUUGUGACGACGUGAAAGAGGAGGUGGUGCACGAGGAGUCUGUUGUGAUCGGUGAUGAGAAGUUCCCGGUGAUGGAGAUCGACGGUGAACAGUUCGUGACUAUAAAUGAUGUUAUGUAUAAAAUAGAAAGGAGCGAUGAAUAAUUCUUGUGUUUAGUUGUUAUGGCGGUUUAGUUGUUAUGGUUGUUAAUCGGUUUUAGAUGUAUACACGGGCUGAGCCAAGUGCAUAACUGUGUUCUUUUUUUUUGUAUAAACCUAAUUAUAUGAACACAAAAAUCGGUAAAGCCGUUUCUGAGGAGUUUGGUAACAAACACCGCGACACGAUAUAUAUAUAUAUAUAUUCUAUGUAUGUCUUUUUAAGUGUAAUUUAAAUUUCACUUACAUGAAUAAUAAUCUGAUUCCAAUUUUAAAUGAUUAUAUUAUAAAGAUUUACAAAUAAAUUUAAUGCGCACGUCCUAUGUAGUGGACGUCGAAAAGGGUACAGGCGAGCCAACCACAACUGGAUUGGGCCGACCGCGAGCCGAUCGCUAGUGUUGUGCGCCGACAUAAACAUAUACCUAAAUAAAAAUCUUGUAAAAUUACAUCAACUUUUUGAAUUUAGGGUCUCAUUCAGCUUUUCCGCCUUGUCUCUCCGAUGGGCUUACUUCAGUGCUUUGUAUCAGUUGUAAUGCAUCUCGGAUACUUUGUACAAGUUACUUAUGUGCAUAUAUUGUAUUAUUUUUGAUGUAUAAAAUUGUUAGUAUUUAAAUAAAACAUUGUGUAGUUUUUGUGAAAUUAUUUUAUUAUAUCUAUACUUAUAAUAAAUCUGUAGAGAGGUCAA